CAGUCUCUCUCCUUGUCUCUCUCUUUCUCUCUCCGUCUCUAUGCCGGUCGCCGGAGAGAUUUUCAUCGGCAAAUAGUUUCCGGAAGGUGACCGGAAUGACCCGCGACAACGAGAUCCGUAUCAAUCCAUUGGAGGUUUUCGAUGAUUCUGGUUGCAACCGAAGAGAAAUGAGGCGAUUCUUGACAUCGGCGAUUCGUCGAUUGGGUAACGUCUGUUAGGUUGUCGGGUUCUGCAUUGGUGAUUGGAUUUUGACCCCCGGUUUCAAAUUGGUCAUCGGACUGUUUGAUUCGGAGUUCGAUCUGUUGUAUUUGGUCUCGAAUCGGAGUUGGAGCUCUCGGGUUGGGUAAAAGAUUGAAAUAUGGGUGCUAUUGUUUUGAUUCGUUAAAUUGAUGGACACAAUAAACAAGUGGAGAUUAUUUGGGGGCAGCAAAGAUCGGAAUCUGUUUUCCGGAUACUGGGACAAGAGAGUUGCUCAAUUGAGAAGGGGUGUUUGAUACUAGAAUCUUGACAAGUUUUCUUGAAUCAGAUUUGUUUUUGUCUUUCUUUGUUCGGGUAAUUCAUCAUUUCUGAAACUGGUUUAACGAUAAUCAUGGUUACGGGCCAUUCAUUCGAGGAUAUGGCUGAGGACGGGGAUAGAUUGGAAGUUUCUGCUUCUGUGGUGAAUGCUAGGGCGGGAGUGAACGAUGGUCGUAUCCGAUUGGGAUCAAGUGACUCGCUUCUCCCCGGUCUUAUCGAUGAUGUGGCCCUGAAUUGUCUAGCUUGGGUUCCGAGAUCGGACUAUCCUUCACUAUCAUGUGUAAACAAGAAGUACAAUAGGUUGAUCAAAGGCGAAUAUUUGUUUGGGUUGAGGAAGCAAUUGGGGAUUGUCGUAGUUGAGCAUUUUGUAUUUAUGGUUUGUGACCCGAGAGGGUGGUUGGCGUUUUCUCUUGCCAAAAAGAAAUGGAUGGUACUGCCUAAGAUGCCUUGUGACGAGUGCUUCAACCAUGCAGAUAAAGAGUCAUUAGCUGUUGGGGACGAGCUUUUGGUUUUCGGGCGAGAGUUAUUCGACUUUGCCAUUUGGAAAUACAGCUUGAAGUUCCGCUGUUGGAUCAAGUGCGAAGGAAUGCACCGACCACGCUGCUUGUUUGCAUCGGGAAGCCUAGGAUCAAUAGCCAUAGUUGCCGGAGGGACCGACAAGAACGGUAACAUACUUGCAUCGGCCGAGCUUUAUGAUUCCACCUGGGGUAGAUGGGAAAUGUUGCCUAGCAUGAACUUGCCUCGUAGAUUAUGCUCCGGGUUUUUCAUGGAUGGAAAGUUUUACGUGAUAGGUGGGAUGUCAAGCCCGACAGCUUCACUGACAUGUGGGGAGGAAUUCGAUCUCGAGACCCGAAAAUGGAGGAAGAUAGAGGGGAUGUACCCGAACGUGAACCGGGCAGCUCAGGCUCCACCACUUGUAGCAGUGGUGAACAACGAGCUGUUCACGCUGGAGCACCAUACCAACAUGGUGAAGAAAUACGAAAAAGGGAAGAACAGAUGGAGUGUGAUGGGAAGGCUUCCGCCUAUGACGGAUUCAUCGAACGGAUGGGGCUUAGCAUUCAAACCUUGCGGGGAUGAACUGUUGGUCGUGGGGGGGCAGCGAGGGCCGGAAGGGGAAGGCGUCGUGGUGAAUUCGUGGUCGCCUCAAUCGAGAAGGAAAGAUGGAAACUUGGAAUGGAAAGUUGUGGGCGUGAAGGAGAAUGUUGGAGUGUUUGUCUAUAACUGUGCCGUGAUGGGCUGUUGAAACAGGUUUCGGGCUUUACUUCUUCUUCUACUCUUGUUCUUAGUGUUCUGUCCCUUUUGUCUCCGUCUUUGGGAUAUUAUUAUUAUUGCUUUUUGUAAUCUGCAUUUUGCUUUAUUAUUACUCUUUCUUGGGAAAUUGGAAAAGCAAGGGCCAAGUGUUUUUACCA